GGCCCGGAGCUCCAGAGCCGACCUGCUUGUGCCCGAGAGGAGCUGGAAGCUAUCCUGAGCCUCGCGAGCGGGAGCCGAUCCAGUAGCCAAACCUUGCAAGUCUCUCCGUUCAACUUUCCCCCAGCCCCGGCCGCUGCCACGCCUCGGCCGCCGCCCCCCGCGCUUCUCUCGGCCCCGCAUCCGCCCCCGGGGCCCCUCUCCCCAAUGAAACUGGCCGCGAUGAUUAAGAAGAUGUGUCCGAGUGACUCGGAACUGAGCAUCCCGGCCAAGAACUGCUACCGUAUGGUGAUCCUGGGCUCGUCCAAGGUGGGCAAGACAGCCAUCGUGUCGCGCUUCCUCACCGGCCGCUUCGAGGACGCCUACACGCCCACCAUCGAGGACUUCCACCGCAAGUUCUACUCCAUCCGAGGGGAGGUCUACCAGCUGGACAUACUGGACACGUCUGGCAACCACCCGUUCCCGGCCAUGCGGCGCCUGUCCAUCCUCACCGGAGACGUUUUCAUCUUGGUGUUCAGCCUGGACAACCGCGACUCCUUCGAGGAGGUGCAAAGACUGAAGCAGCAGAUUCUGGACACCAAGUCCUGUCUCAAGAACAAAACCAAGGAGAACUUGGACGUGCCCCUGGUCAUCUGCGGUAAUAAGGGGGACCGGGACUUCUACCGGGAGGUGGAACAGCGGGAGAUCGAGCAGCUGGUAGGCGACGACCCCCAGCGCUGCGCCUACUUCGAGAUCUCGGCCAAGAAGAACAGCAGCCUGGACCAGAUGUUCCGCGCGCUCUUUGCCAUGGCCAAGCUGCCCAGCGAGAUGAGCCCGGACCUGCACCGCAAGGUGUCGGUGCAGUACUGCGACGUGCUGCACAAGAAAGCGCUGCGGAACAAGAAGCUCCUGCGGGCCGGCAGCGACGGCAGCGGCAGCGGCGGCGGCAGCGACCCCGGCGACGCCUUCGGCAUCGUGGCGCCCUUCGCGCGCAGGCCGAGCGUGCACAGCGACCUCAUGUACAUCCGAGAGAAGGCCAGCGGCCGCGGCCAGGCCAAGGACAAGGAGCGCUGCGUCAUCAGUUAGGACCCCUCCCUCCCCCGCCGCCGCGCCACGAACGACCCAACCCCGAGGAGGACCUUUGUUCUUUAAAAGUCAAAUCCGACGCCCCGGCCAGCCCCGGGAGCCCCGC